UGGGGAAAACCCCGGGACGUUUCGCAACGGCGAAUCCGGAAAAGAUGCUCUCUGUUCGGAACCAGCGUGGCCAAGGUUUCGGUCCUUUGGUUCUUCUCCUCUUGGUCGGGGGAUAUGUCGUGUCUGGCACUGAGAGCAGCGACUACAGCGAGGCAGAGGUUCUCCCUGACUCCUUCCCAUCAGCACCAGCAGAACCUCUCCCAGAAUUCCUGCUGGAACCGGAGGACGCUUUCAUUGUAAAGAACCGGCCAGUCCAGCUACGGUGCCGAGCAUCACCAGCCACUCAGAUCUACUUCAAAUGUAACGGAGAAUGGGUCAAUCAAAACGAUCACGUCACCAGAGAGAGCCUGGACCAGAUCACAGGUCUGGUGGUGCGGGAGGUGGACAUCUCAGUGUCGAGGACCCAGGUGGAGGAGCUGUUUGGGUUGGAGGACUACUGGUGCCAGUGUGUGGCUUGGAGCUCGGCUGGAACCACCAAGAGCAACCGUGCCUAUGUUCGCAUUGCAUACCUGAGGAAGAACUUUGAGCAGGAGCCACUGGGGAGGGAGGUGCGACUCGAACAGGAAGUGCUUCUUCAGUGUCGCCCCCCGGAAGGCAUGCCCGCUGCCGAGGUGGACUGGCUGAAGAACGAGGAUGUCAUAGAUCCAUCGCAAGACUCCAACUUCCUGAUCACCAUCGAUCAUGAUCUGAUCAUCAAACAGGCCAGACUCUCAGACACCGCCAACUACACCUGUGUGGCUCGUAACGUGGUGGCUAAAAGACGCAGCAGCACAGCUACUCUUAUUGUUUAUGUAAGCGGAGGUUGGUCUUCUUGGACUGAAUGGUCAGAGUGUAAUGCUCGGUGCGGGCGGGGCUGGCAGCGACGAACACGCAGCUGCACCAAUCCUGCCCCUCUGAAUGGAGGAGCCUUCUGUGAAGGCCCACCCUUCCAGAGAGUGACCUGCAACACACUUUGCCCAGUGGAUGGAGGCUGGACAGAAUGGGCAAAGUGGUCCGCCUGUGGGACAGAGUGCACCCACUGGCGCAGUCGCGAGUGCCAAGCUCCCCCACCUAGAAACGGAGGAAAGCACUGCAGCGGCAGCAUGAUGGAGAGCAAAAACUGCACUGAGGGGCUGUGUGCACGCAAUAAAAAGAUUUCUAUUGAACAUGCAAGCCAUCCGCUGGCCCCAGGUAUGGGUGUCGCAGUCUAUGCUGGUCUGGUGGGGGCCCUGCUGCUGUGUGUGAUACUGGUGUUGUGCGUGGGAGUGCUCGCAUAUCGCCGCAGAUGCCGCCAUCUCCAUGGAGACAUCACCGAUUCUUCUUCUGCUCUCACCGCCGCCUUCCACCCUGGCAACUACAAGCCUCCCAGACAGGAUAACCCUCACCCUCUUCAUCCCUCAGCUCCUCCAGAUCUGACAGCCACAGCGGGGGCUUUCCGUGGGCCGCUCUUCUCCUUGCAGCAGGGGGUCAAUGACAGCCCCCACAAAAUCCCCAUGACCACCUCUCCCUUGCUGGACCCAUUGCCAAGUCUCAAAAUCAAGGUGUAUAACGCCUCCACUCUAUCCUCCCUGGAGCUCCCAGCGGACAUGUGUUUAGGCGAUGGGGAGAUCCUCAGCCUGAAAUCAGUGGGCACUAUGGGUAGAGAGCGAGAUUACCACAGCCACACCAUCUCCAGAGAGCCUGGGCUGAGCACCAGCGCCACCCUGGGUAAUCUAGGAGGACGCCUUACCAUCCCCAACACAGGUGUGAGUCUUCUGGUCCCCCCUGGCACAAUACCCCAGGGGAAGUUCUAUGAGAUGUACCUUAUUAUCAACAAGUGGGACAAAACGACACUACCCUCUGAAGGAAGUCAGACUGUACUAAGUCCUGUGGUGAGCUGUGGCCCGUCCGGUAUGUUGCUGAACCGUCCUGUGGUCCUUACUUUGCCCCACUGUGCCCAGCUAGACACACCUACACCUGACUGGACCCUCACGCUCAAGACACAGACUCACCAGGGGGCAUGGGAGGAGGUGCUGACAGUAGGAGAGGAGACUUUGUCGUCUCCGUGCUACUUGCAGCUGGAGGAGGAGUGUUGUCAUGUUCUCAUGGAGCAGCUGGGAACAUACGGUCUGGUGGGCCAGUCCUGCCAUCCACAGCCGGCCUGCAAACGCCUGCAGUUGGCACUGUUCGCCCCUCGAGCACCCUGCCUCUCCCUGGACUACAGCCUUCGUAUCUACUGCAUCCAUGACACCCCACAUGCAUUCAAGGAGGUGCUAGAUUUGGAGAGGAGUCUAGGAGGAGUUUUGCUGGAGGAUCCCAAGCCUCUGCUUUUCAAAGACAGCUAUCACAACCUGCGCCUGUCCAUCCACGACAUUCCUCACACUCACUGGAGAAGCAAACUUCUGGCAAAGUAUCAGGAGAUCCCGUUCUAUCACAUCUGGAGCGGCAGUCAGAGACCUCUGCACUGCACCUUCAGCCUAGAGAGAGGAAGCCUGGCUGUGUCACAGCUCGCCUGUAAGAUCUGUGUCCGACAGGUGGAAGGGGAGGGACAGAUAUUCCAGCUACAUACGGAUAUUCAGGAGACUCUACCCCCGCACUCACCCCUCCCCUCAGGAGGCACCUGCCUGCCUUCCUCUCAAGUGGGACCCUAUGCCUUUCGCUUGCCUGACUCCAUCCGCCAGAAGAUCUGUGCCAGUUUGGAUGCGCCCAGUGCUCGAGGAUGUGACUGGAGACUCCUGGCACGCAGUCUGGGCUUUGACAGGUACUUGAACUACUUUGCAACAAAGCCCAGCCCCACAGGUGUUCUACUGGAUUUAUGGGAAGCUUGUCACCAAGCCGACGCAGACUUGGUCUCUCUGGCGACCGCGCUGGAAGAAAUGGGCAAAAGUGAGGUGCUAGUUGUCAUGACAACAGAUGGGGAUUGUUGAUUGGUCAAGGAACAAAAGAGCGAGCCAGACUUUUUUUUUUCUCCACCGUGAUGAAAAUAUGAAUACCUGCCGAUGAAUAUGCACAAACCUUAAGCCCACAGAGCAUUUUGGUUCCUCCACACGAACUGUAUUACCUCUGCCUCAUCUCCCUUUUCACUGACCCCUGAUCAGCCACUGUAGCUACGUAACCCAUUCCUAUGAUACCUGCUAAUCUGAUUCUGCCUGAAUCCUCCAAAGCAAUGUUGCAUCUGCAAGAUGUGAAACCAAUUUGAGGGUACGAAAGCGUAAAAUGUGUGCAAAGUCAUGUCAUAUGUGGUGUGACUGUCUUCUUCAAAGAUUGAAAAUUGCGCUAUUCUUGUAUAUAGAUAACAAAAGCUUUGGGAUAAACCAUCGAAAUUCAUGUAUUCAAUACUAAAGUACACACAAUAACACAAACAGAAAAAAGCUAACAUGGGAUUAGCCAUGUUUCAGUAGCAGCAUGAAAGUGCAUGAUUUAACACCAUCUCACCUCAUGGCGGGGGCCUUUUGUUUUCUCCAUUGUCAUUCUGUGUGUGCAGUAAAUGACAGGCAGCACCGACCUGUCUAAAACCUCCUCAGGCUAUAGACACACUCCAACACACACACUCGCACACAGACAAACUGGUCAUUAACAGACUCUGAAUCAGGCUAGGAUUUCUUGUCCAACUGCUUGGACUGUCGACAAAUUACAUGGGGUCCAAACCGUGUAGGUUUCAAGGCUUGAGCAUGUCUCCUUGGGCUUGAAAAAGAGCUGCCUCUUCUUUGCGGUAGGAGAGUGAAUUGUGAAGUUCAUUUAAGAAUUUGCAGAUAACAAAACCGACGGACUCUUUAUAUUAUACCAACAAAUGCCUCAAAGCCUUGGCAUAUCAUUCCGACUCACAGGGGUGUUCCUCUUUCAUCUCUCCUCGCAUUCCUCUAUCGCUCUGCCACACUCCUCCGAUCUGUUGAGAAUAAACUGCAGAAAAGCUUUCUGGUCAUCCCUUAAAAGUUUCCUUUGGGGAACGCUCUUUAAGUUAUUAUCCAUAUUUGUGGAUUUUUUUUUUUAUUUCAUUGUCAUUGCUCGAUCAUACAGAACCUGUUCUAUCAUCUGUGCUUAUUUAGGCUGCUGAGCUGCUGUGUAUUAUUUUUUUAUUCUAGAAGAGCAGGCCAAACGGGAGAGUUAUGUGCACAGCGGAUGUCUCAGUUGUGAAUAACAAAACCAUGUUUAUUUGUUAUUUUAAAUAUGGUGCAUCUAUUUGAAAUGUAAAAUGCAAUCUGUAAAACAUGAUUAGAGGUGGUCAAAUGUCUAGGUGAAUAUGCUGUAUGCUGUAUUUCUUAGGCAUUUUUUCUUUGCUCUGAGGACAGUUUCCAUUGUUCAGAGACGAAUAUUACAGAGUAGAUUAGCCUUUCCUUGAAUCAACUAGGCACAGAGGGACCGUAAAAUUGACCAACACUAAUACAUUAUUUUUCAAUCUAUUCUCUGUCCACCACGUAUCUAUGUGUCCAUCUGUCUAUCCAUCACCCUGUAACUCAUUAUGUCUACCUUCUCUCAAUUUCAUAACAUAUUGUUAACCUUUUUUACUAAGCCGCCUGCUUUGUGGUCAGGGUCCUGAAGCUUUUAGCAUUAUCAAUAUUGCCUGUUAGUUAUUGUUCGACGGGAAUUUAAACUUUCAACUUUGUCAUUACUUAAGUUCUGUGUGUUUUUGAGGGUUUUUUUCUUCCUCAAAGCAAAAAAAGUGUUCGUAUCAUUGGAACCACAAAAACCAAAACACAGGCAGUAUCCCCCAUCUACAGCAGUGAUUCAUGUUACUGUUUUGUGUGAAUGAACUGAAAACACAAUUGUGAAUGUGUAUGCGUGCGUGAGUGUGAGGGUAUGUGUGGGCAGGUGGGUGUGCACAUACAGUGUGUGCACGCUCUUAAAAGCUGUCAUUUCUCUUUGUAAGUGCUAUGCAAGUACAAAAGAAAAGAAAAGCAUUUUGACUUCUUUUGUUUCCUGGAAGAGUAAAUCUAUUUUUUCAGAUUAGGGCAUUGACAGGGUUUUGAUUUUGUAUUCUAAAGUGGUUUAACAUUUUUGGUUACAGUGGUAUGUGUGGGAAUUCUCCAUCUGGAUCGGAAGGAUUGGAUCACUGACCAAGAAAGUUACCUUUGAAAAAGCCUAUAUGGUAGAACAGAACAAAACAAAGUAUGGUACAGUGGCAACAAAACAAGUUGUGACUAAUACCAUGAACUCGUGCCCUGCUGGUCUUUGUCCGUGAGGAAAUAUCUGAAUACAACCAGUUCAGAACUUUGGAUCCCUGAACAUUGCAGGACUAUUUUUCUUUCCUCAAAUCUUGUUACAGAGACUGGCUAGCUGUAGACUACAGUGUUUAUUCAUCCAGAUUUCUUGAGUAUCUGUUGGAUCUCUGGCUAUAGCUCCGGAUAAUUUAUGCUGGAGCUGGACUGGAUUCUUCUUUGCUCCCAUAAAAGAGAAAUAUUUAGCCUUUCUUCAAGAAGUCAGACAUUUUUAUGAAAAAAAACCUAAAUGGAUUCAGUGACUUUAUUUUAUCUCUGUAAAGUAUCAAUUGUAAAUAAUCGUCUAGCCUUCU